CUAAAACCCUACUCAAGCAAAAGCUUCUUCAAUCUUCUUCGUAAUUAACCAUGUCGUUUGAAGAGGAGAUAGUGUCAGAUGAUGAGAUGAACAUGAUUGAUGAGGAUGACGCAACUGACUCUGAAGCAGAGUCUCUUUCAGAUUCCGAUACAGAGAACGAGAUAACAGAGAAAUUAGCUGAGCCUACAAAGACUGCAGUAUACAACAGAGCAGGGUUGCUUGAUAAGCUUCAAGAUAUAAGCUGGCCUGAAGAUGUUGAUUGGACUCAUAAGCUUACUAUUGAGAUUGACCAGGAACAAGGUAUAGAUGUGAACGAUGACCUUACGAGGGAGAUGGCGUUUUACAAUCAAGCUCAUCAAGGGACUACACAAGGGUAUGAGAAGUUCCAGGAGAGGGAUAUNUUUACCUUACCGGAACGAAAAAACAAAAAUUACAUGGUUUUGUACUUUUAUAAUGUCCGGUUAAACAAAUCAAUGGAUGACAAAUUUUGA